GAGGAGCAGGAAGUGGCGGUGCGAGGGCUGCUGCACAGCUAGCAGAGCCGCGGUCCGGACAGCAGCGCGUGCCCCGAGCUCUCCACCUCCCCCCGCCCGCCAGCCCGAGGCCCCCGAGCCCAGCCCGCGGCCCCAGCAGCAGCGCCCAGAGCAGCCCCAGCAGCAGCGCCAUGGCCGGGUGGAACGCCUACAUCGACAACCUCAUGGCGGACGGGACCUGUCAGGACGCGGCCAUCGUGGGCUACAAGGACUCGCCCUCCGUCUGGGCCGCCGUCCCCGGGAAAACCUUCGUCAACAUCACGCCAGCUGAGGUUGGUGUCCUGGUUGGCAAAGACCGGUCAAGUUUUUUCGUGAACGGGCUGACACUUGGGGGCCAGAAAUGCUCUGUUAUCCGGGACUCACUGCUGCAGGACGGGGAAUUUACCAUGGAUCUCCGUACCAAGAGCACCGGCGGAGCUCCCACCUUCAACAUCACUGUCACCAUGACUGCCAAGACGCUAGUCCUGCUGAUGGGCAAAGAAGGUGUCCACGGCGGGAUGAUCAACAAGAAAUGUUAUGAAAUGGCCUCCCACCUGCGGCGUUCCCAGUACUGACCUCGUCCACCCCUCCCCCCCACCACCCCCACUGCUUUUGCACCCC